AUGCGAAACUGCAGACCCAGCCAAGAGACAGUGAAGGAGCGUGAAGAAAAUGCUCUGAAUAUGCAACGCCGAAGAGAGAUAACGGAAAUCCGAAUUCAAGAACGGAUGAAAAAGCAGGAAUCCGGCCAACAUUGUUCAGUUUCUGGUAUCGCUGUUAUGAAGGUGCAGUUAAGGAAGGCUCAACCCGGGUAUGUAAUUGUUGCGGUCGAUUGGUAUUUAACCGAUCCAUAA